AACCUCGGGCAUCAAUCAGACAUCAUCCAAAUGUCGACUAUCCCAAACUCGGUCAUGGACGAGGCGGCAUUCCCAUGCGCACUCACCGUCCACACUCCCUUCCCGUCUGCACGUCUGGCCAGCGUCGCGAUCCGCACGCUGUCGGUCGACCCGGAACUCUCCCCUCUCGUGCGGCGCUCCUUUUCCUUGCAAGGCGAGACGGUGCUGCGGACCGACUACCGAGCCACGACGAAUCGCAUGCUCCGCGUUGCCGUCAAUGGUUUCUUCGACUCCCUGGGCACCGUGCUGCACGUCAUGGAGGAUCUCGACGUCGACGUGGUCCAUCACAAAGGUUGGGAGACGUUGGAUGGUGCGCAGGGUGUCGAGCAAGGUCGCACUGGAUCCGCUGCAUGAUCUGUCUCGAACAUCUCGCCUCUGCACUUGACCACUUGCUGCUCGAGGGACUACCUACGUCAUUCCAUGCAGGUACAAUAAGCCAAGGUACCUUACAACAUCCGCCAACAGCGACGUC